AUGCCCAAAAAAGGAAAGCCAACCUCCCCCCAACUAGGCUGGAUCUGGCCCAAAGACCCUCGCCCAGGAAACCCCAAGAAAUGGCCCAAACACUGGCGCUUCCUUGACGUCCUCCAAGGCAAAGGGCCGGACAUAUACGUCGGCACAAUCAAGGAUCCAAAAUCCAAAUCCGAAUCCAACCAUAACAACCAACACGAGAAUGAGAACGAGACCAUGGACCCUCACACCCACAGCCAAACUUAUUCCCAUUCCCAUUCCCAAUCAAAAACAUCCCCCAGCAGGGAAGAAUGGACCCGCUGGAACAUCGACCCCAAAAACGAAGAAGGAGAAGCUGCAAACUACAGUCUCCUCCCCUGGGUCAAGCGCAAACCAGGCGAGCGAUACGAUUUCCGCACGAGGACGUAUGCCGUCCCGAAUCGGGCGACGUGGAGCCGGGUUGAGUUUUGUGAUGGGCCUGAAAAGGGGAAGUGGUAUGAGCGGCGUGAAGUCCAUCGCGUUCCGAGGCGGUAUUGGGAUCCGAAUGGGGAGAUUUAUCCUGCUGAGAAUUGGCAUGAUAAUAUUUAUGGGGCUCAUGAUGAUUAG